AUGGCGCCAAAUGACCGACAAGAGCGACGACUCCUCCGCCAGCGAGGCGCAGGCACACGCGAAAUCAAGAAUGCGGACUUCGGAUUCUCCUUUGGUCCAUCGAUUCCGCCGAGAGAGGCUCCAACACCUGCGCCAUUGAAUCCAAAGCCGUCGUCAAGGAAGACUCCCCGAAAUCGAGGGAGUGGGGUGUCAAAGAAGACGCCAGCUUCUACAAAAACAAGGAGUGCCAGAAAGACUCCCGCAACUUCAACGAAAUCGACAUCUACGAAGAACGCGGGAUGGUCGGCACAAGCAGAAGGCGAUAGUGAGGUCUCCGGUGGUUUUGCUCCCGUCCAGGAGGAGCCUGAAGUAGUUGUGUCGGCUUCAGAAGGCAAUAGGGCACUUAGCGAUCACAACGACACGGAUCCUCUUGUCGCAGAAGAGCGCGAGCAACGAACCCCGAAUGUUCGUACGCAGCAGAAGAUACCUGUUCAACACACACCGGAGCAGACACUAGGUCAAAAUGGCCAAGUUCAACAAGAGGACGAGGGGCCCAAAACACUUGGUAAUAAGCGAACAUUACGAUCCGCAAAGGCCAAAUCGACCGGAAAGAAAUACCACGUGGUUCCUUCCAAACCGCUCCCGGCGGCAUCAAACGGACGACUUAGUAUGAGUAGUCUGAACUUAGGGAAGACCAGAGCGUCCAUGGGAGGGAGUAUUGUUCCCUCGGCCAAUAUUGGCACCCCGCUCAAGACGAAAUCGUUCUUGAAGGGCAAAGAGAAUGUUACCGAAUCCGAACACGCUCCGCCUAGCGUCGAAAGAGGCCGGAGACGGACAAGACUGCCUCUGGAGGACUUGGAGGAAGCGAUCCUCAACUCCCCGAAAUCAACAGAGCCGAUUGCUGCUCUGGGAUCGGCAUCGCCGCAUAGGCAGCCCGACAAACAUCAUGAAUCGACGGUCGACGACGCCUCUAUCGAACGUCACAUUGAUAAAAUGUUGGGGACUCCAGUCCACAACCAACGUAUGGAGCGGGAAGGCCUCGCUGCUGAGAUUACCCGAAAUCCCAUCACUACAUCCCCGCUGUUCGUUACUCCUAAACCAAGGACACCUAGUCUUCACCCAUCCUCUCGAAUCACAGCUGAAAUGGAGCCCGAUCGACCCGAAGCCACCAUAAUCGAUGACGCCAGUACUGGUGACGAACUUGAUGAGGAUGUUCUAACACGCCGACGGAACCCUCCACAAAGGCAGCUCCUGCAUGCCGCGUUGGAAGAUUCCAUUGCCCCCUCUCCAGCCAUGUCUGCCAUGACUACAUUCACCGACCCAUCCUACGAACCGGAGACGCACUACAUCCCACGAAAGCGUCGAUCAGAUGAAUUGCCGGCAGAACUCGCCCUAACCAAACGGCAGCGGAUCACCAUCCAGGUGGAACUUCAACCUCCCUCUCGAGAACCGUCACCAGAUCCCGUGGCGAUACCGUCAGGGACUUCCAUCCCCAUCACUACGCACCGCCUCGCCAACCCCCCUCCCAGCCAUCCAACCAGCACCGCAGUCACCGCUCCAGAGGUCCUUGCACAAGUCACCUCCGAGCUAACCCAUCGGCUCCUUGCAACGCACCUUGCCAUCCAACAGCCACCAACUGGGCCCGCAGCCCAUGCUCGCAAGUCCAACAUUCUCCGUGCCUUUGACUCAACCCUACAAACCACUCUCUUCGAGCUUGCCGAAACGGCAUAUGCUUCCGACGUACUCGAGUCGCGGCUGCGGCGUGCGAGAGCGGACCUUGCGUUGCGAAGGGAAGAGCUGAUGACCGUGCGGCGGGAGAGAGACAAUGCGGCCCUGCGAAUGGACGAAGUGCGGGCGCGGUUUUCGCGUGCGGAGAAGGAGACAGUGCGGAGACGCGACCUGGUGCGGCGGUGGGAGCGGGUGGGUUUUGCGUUGGAUCAGGUGCAGGAUGGAGUUAAGGAGACGGGGCAGGACGAGUCGCACAUGAACGAGAGGCUCUCGCUGCAGCUGCAGGAUGUGGCUAUGAGGGUGUGUGGGAAAGAGGAUGAUGGGUUGCUCGGCAAAUUGAAGGAGUUCAAUGGGCUGUUGGAGAGAGCAGCCGAAGUUAUAGAAGGGACAGCGGUGACAUAG